AUGGAGAUGUAUGAGAAUUUAGGACUAGUGGGAGAGGGUACUUAUGGAUCAGUAAUGAAGUGCAGACACAGAGAGACAGGACAAAUAGUCGCCAUCAAAAGAUUUCAAGAACGAGAUGAUGACAAACUGGUAAAGAAAAUUGCUGUAAGAGAAAUACGAUUUCUGAAGCAAUUUAGGCAUGAAAAUCUGGUCAACCUUAUCGAAGUGUUCAAGCAAAAAAAACGUUUAUUCUUGGUGUUUGAGUUUGUGGAUCAUACUGUUCUGGAUGAUUUGGAACGGUUUCCAAAUGGACUGGAGAGUAAAAAGCUCAGAAAAUGUCUUAUUCAGGUGUUAAGAGCCACGGAAUAUCUUCACAAGAACAAUAUAAUUCAUCGUGAUAUCAAACCUGAGAAUGUCCUGGUCUCAGGGUCUGGUGUUGUUAAACUAUGUGAUUUUGGAUUUGCCCGUUCAUUGGCUGCACCAGGAGAGCCUUACACAGAAUAUGUCGCCACUCGGUGGUACAGAGCUCCAGAGUUAGUAGUUGGUGAUACGAAAUAUGGAAAACCUGUAGAUAUUUGGGCAUUUGGAUGCCUGAGUAUUGAAAUGGCAACAGGAAACCCUUACCUACCAGGAAACUCUGACUUAGAUCAGAUCCACAAGAUAGUGACACAAGUGGGAAAUUUAACACCACGCCUCAAGAGUCUUUUCAGCAAAAAUCCUACAUUUGCCGGGGUAUGUCUACCAGAUGUCCAAAGACCUGAAUCACCAGAAAAAAGACUGUUAAGGUGUAAUCCUUCGUUGACUGUGCUGGUAAAGAAAUGCUUACAAAUGGACCCAGACAAGAGAUCAUCAUGCACGGAGCUACUGAAAGCUGAAUAUUUUACAGCAGAUGGAUUCUCAGAGAAAUUUAUACCAGAGAUUCAAGCUCAAGUUCUUAAGGAUAUGAAAGACAAUCCACUUUUGGUCAGAAAACGCAAAAACAUCAGCAAAGAAAUUAUAGAAUAUGAAAAAGCGAUGUUAACUGUCAAACAAAGUGCCAAAAAACAUGGAAAGGAUGCCACAAAGGACAAGGAACCUAAAAGCAGGAAAUACAAACGUGCAAAUGCAAAAGCAGAAACAACAAAGGCAGAAAAAGUAGAUAAUCCGAAUGUAUGGAAAUCCUCUCUAAUGUGUCAGGAAGCUGUCCAGGGAAAUUCCUCAGAAGGAACAGAAGGGAAGAAUGCCAAUUGUAGUAAAACAAAUUCAGCAGUCGCUUCUGUCAAGGAUUUGAACAAUAGUGAGGAAGCUUUAAAUUCUGCAACAUCAGCCAGCAUCCCGCCAAUUGGCAUGCACAGUGGAAUGACUACUUCAGCACUUUCCAAUAAAAAUAUCAAUACUGAAACCAAUGAUACCUCAGUGUCAAACUCAAGGGUGCAAGAAAAGGUGAAGGUGAAAGCCAGCCCUUGUAGCAGCCAGGCAGCAGAAAUACUUGUAGCUCCAGGCGGCCCUUUUGGAUUCAAUGGGGCAGCAGCAUUUACUGGCAAACUACGAGAAAAGAUUGAAGCAGCGAUGGAUCCAGUGCUGAAGAAGCAGGAGAUUCAAAGACUGGACCGAAGAGUAGAAGCAGUGGAACAGAGGACCGCGGCAUUGGAAACUAUGGCAGAGGCUCAAGCUGAGGAUUCUGGUGUUGGUGAGCAAGCUGCACAGACAGAACAAGAAGUGAAUGGCAAUAAAAAGAAGGCAAAGGUGAUUAAGGCAGGAAAGGGAGAUCUCCAUUUUCCAGAGCUCACAUCAACUGGCCAUCAAGUAGAAGUGAAGGGGCUGGAAGGAGUACUGCCAAACACAUUACAAUUGGAGCCUUCUCCUGUCUACAAAUCAGGUUUCCUGUGA